GUCUAAGAUCAAGCUCGAGGUUUUUUGUUUUUUCCCCAACCAAAAUGUCCCAUUCUGAUCUUUCUGAGUCCUCUGUUGUUGAUGUGGGCAGCGAUGAGAAAAAACCGGAGGACCACGUUACAAAGAAGAUCAAAAUCACUGCCAAUAAUGGAUGGGAGCACGUCUUGGCAAGAGAGGCGACUGAAUUCCUCAAGAACUAUCGUCCCCGGGCACAGAAGCAGAGUCUUGAAAUACUUGUUUCAUUACCUCUGGACAUCCUAUUCGAGAUCUUCGGAAAGCUGCUUCCAUUCGAUUUGCUUCAUCUCGCACGCACUACCAAGGCUCUGCGCGCUGUACUUAUGCACCCUUCGUCUACCACCGUGUGGAGGGCUGCGCGCUCGAAUGUAACAGGCAUGCCUCGUUGCGCUGAUGAUAUGUCAGAGCCUGCGCAUGCGAGCCUAGCGUUCGAUAUGCAUUGUUACAAUUGUCUCAAACCAAAUGUGCGCAAUGUCGACUGGAUCCUCCGAGUCAGGUACUGUCAAAAAUGCUUUAAAGAGCGUACAGAGAUCGUCGAUGAUAAGUUCAAAGAAGCAUAUGGACCGAAAUUGCACCACUGCCUCGCAUUGAGCCGCGUAACGCAGAAUAAUCGGAAGGACACCCGUUGUCUGAUUUCAGACAAGGAAGCGUUGGUUAAUGAGUUACAAAAGCUCGGGUCAGAAGAAAGAUCCGUGCUCCGAGGAAAGAAGAGAGAUGAAGUCCUCAUUCGAAAGGAGCACGCAAUUUUGUGCACAAAAUGGACGGAAGGCGAACAACGGAACAGAUGGAAAGAACUCGAUCAGCUAAGAAGCCUGCGCUAUGACGCUAUUGUGGAGAAGUUGAUCGAACUUGGUUGGGGGGAGGAGAUCGACAAGCUUCCAGAUCGGCAUACUGCGCGAGUCUAUAAGUUGACCCAUAUUGAAGAUCAUCCACUUGUUAAGCAGCCAAAGCCUUUGACCGAUCGCAUCUGGCAAAAUAUUCAACAAAAGUUGCUCGAAUUCAUGGGCCAGAUGCGCGAAUUCCGCAUUCAGCAAGAAAGAAAACGGCAAAUCAGGCAGCGACAGAGCAUCAUAGCUGCGAUCUACAGCGACUAUCAACGACAGAAUGGCACUCACCAGUAUCUCAUGCCUACUGCCGCUAAUAUUUUCGAGAUGCCAGAAGUUCACAAUAUUGUGGAGUUGCCUGCUCAUCUGACAGUCACCGCGGAAGAUUUUCAGCCCUUUCGCGAGAAGCUCCCCACCAAAAUCGAAGUUUGGCAGCGCUGCACCAGGGAUCAUUUACGGUCGACCUUGCUAUGGGACCAUGAAAUCGACACACCGCCGCGCUGGGCGUGGGACCCGGCCCCCCCCUCCAUCAACUACGAGAGACUUGCUGCCGCUGUCUUUGUGUGCACGAGAUGGCUUUGCGACGACGUUCCUGAGUCUAACGACUCGCCCCGGUACAUGUACUACCCAGAGUAUCUUCACCAUAGGUGCAACCGGAUCCGGCGACGAAAGUGGGAUGAACUCGACCCCCCUAAUACGUUCGCAAUGGGACAAGGGUACCCUGGAAGUACAGUGCAACAAAAGUGGUCAUCUGAUGACCUCGAUUUCGAUAAGAAGGCCUCCCGAACUGUGAAAAACAUCCUUGAGGCAUGCGACCUAGACUGGAGAGAUGUGACAGCGCCGGAGCUCGAUGAUCUAGAUCCUAGGCUGGUCUGCCUAAAAUGCAGCUACGGCAACCGCAGUGAUGGAGAAAGACCUAUGGUAGUCCGUUCAUGGCGAGAAUCCGUAAAACAUUGUGCUAAGAAGCAUUGGGGUGACACGAAUGUAAGGUGGCAGAAAAUUUCGGACGAGGAGGCUAGAACUCUUCGCCAAGUUCAAGAGGAAGCUGCCUCGAGUACUAUGGCACCUCUACGCAAGAUUUGGCGGUGCACUUAUUGCCGUGACAAACCUAGAGAACCGGAGAAAAUGACUGUGCAGGAAAUGACGAAUCAUUUAGAGGAUCACCAUUCCAUAGAUCUAAUUGACCAACUUGUCGGAAGGGACUUUGUUCAAGCUUUGGACGUCCCUCCUAAAGCCAUUCCUUCUGCGAAGCUGAAGCCGAAAGCCGUGGUCCCCCCGCCUUUUGAAUUUAAGUUUCCGAAGGACGCAGGAUCAAGCUACUGGGGUGUCUUUCCGUGAAGUCGCCAUUGCGACCAGGGUAUGCAGGUGUUGCGGUUGGGUUUAUCGGCUUGGUUUUCCAUCCAUACAUGAUAAUCGUACAAAAUCAUAGCCGUAUCAAACGAAAGCUUAAACAUUUAGCUCAUCUGACUUACAAGAGGGUCAUUGGACUGCGU